AUGGAACCGCCCAACCUAGACGGCUAUGGCGCUUGUGAAAUGGGACGAGUACAGAGAUUUGGAGCACGCAGCGUGGUACCUUUGAUCGUUCAUGGUCGCAUCUGGUCUAGCGAUCCCUGCCAUGUUGUGUCCCCAGAACCUGAUCUCCAGGGCUUUGCAUGCAUGAUUCCACUCCUGAACCUCCUAGCCAUGGAGUUUGAAACCCGGCGCUAUCUGCCGAAUUCUGCUGUUCCUUUCUCUGACUACUAUUCUCCUCUUCCAAUUUCGCAUACAAAUAGAGUCAACGUGCGUGGGUACCCUACCGGAGGCCCUGUAGGUGGAGUUCACGGCCGUCUCGAUUUGAGCCGUGAUGAGCACCGAAUCGAGGUUGGAUCAGCGAGACGUCGCAUAGCAGUCGCCUGUGCGCGUUGUCGGAAGAGAAAAAUUCGCUGCAGCGGUGAUCCAGGAAACGGAGCAGGAUGCGCAAGCUGCGCCAUGGCUAAUGUUGAUCCGAGUCAUUGCCAAUUCCAUAGAGUCGGAUCGGACCACGUACAGAAGGUGAUCGAUGGUAUCAGUAUGGCGCAUAGCCUUACGAAUAUGUCCACUGCCAACGGUAUGGUGCCAAUAUACUCGAACGACGGCAGUACUCCCUAUCAGCGCCCAAUGGCAACUCAUCAGUACCCCCAAGUCGACACGAAGUCCGUUUAUCCAUCCACCUGGACUGUGCCCUACCAAGAAGAUAUUUCGCCAGUGGAGAGCUACCAAAUAGAUCAAUCAUCCAUGUAUCUACCCGAUCCAACACCGAUGGCUAAUUCGAAUGUAUAUGGGUCAUCAUAUAGAUGGAAUCACCCAGUACAAAAGCAGUCCCAUCAUGUGCAGGCUUAUGUGGAUCCGGAAACGACUUAUUCGGCCAGCUUGCCAUACAUGCAGCCUUCAUAUCGCUCAAAUGGUGCGCCUGAUCCAUUAAGUAGUAUGAACCCAUUACAAAUGAACUUGCCAGAGAGGCCGAACAUGCGCCAGUAUCACGCAUCAGGAUCGGGUUCCACACAGAGGCUGCUUCCAAUUCCACAGCCCAGCCCGGCUCAGAAUUCCCGUGUCAGCUUCGACCUAGAACAUAGUCAAAGACUACGAUCUGGACAAGCAAUAGGAUCAUCAACAUCAGACGACAAAACUUCCUACGGAAAAUCGUUGCUUGCGUGGAGCAACGAUGGUGAAAUUCCUAUCCACGGGUCAGGAGCAGAAUCGGCAGGUGCCCUCGAAACCAUUACAUCAGCCCAUGUUCCCGCCAUCGCGGAAUCAGGUAUGAGUUAUCUUCCUAGUACAACGUCCAUGUCCAGCGAUGGCCUAGCAACAAGUCUUGCACCGCAAGUGCCACUCAACUUCAGCACUUCCGGCCUUCUUGAUCCAAUGAGUGUUACAUCGCCAGCAACGACCUAUUCGAAUUUUCGCGAAUGUCGUGCUUCCAAAUCUGCCUCGGCUCAAAUGGUACGCCGGAGUUCUCAAAACACGUAUUACAGCUUAGACUCUGACCGAUCUCCAAAACGCAACUCGGUCAGUGGUGGAUCUUCUAACGAAGGGACAUUGGCAAGCGGCCUCCGUUAUCAGCCCCUCCCUUAUUCGCCAUCUCAAGGUUCUCCAGGGAACAAGAAGUCGAGACGUGAUGUGCUUUCAACCAGGCAUCCUACAGCACACCGUGGACUAAAUAAUGAUAUGGACAGUAGCUUCCAGGCUUGA